GGAUUCAGCUCUGCAACAUGUCUGCUCUUGUCUGAUCACUUCAGAGUUUCUGGAGAUGUUUUGAUCCUUCUGUGUUUGGUUUUAAUUUAUAUUUCUGUGUGAAAUGUGAGCAGAUAUGGAGCUGAAAUAAAAACAACUGAAUUUUUUACUACCUCAGUGAAACCAGCCGUUUGGUUUCCUCCUUCAGUCUUUACAACAGACGGACCCUUCAGUGCCAUCUGGUGGCCAUUACAACUCAUCACACCCAGCGGCGGACUAAAGCAGGUUCAGCAGUGAAUACGUGAACUGGCCGUGCUGAGGUUUAGUUGUAUGUGCCGGUGGGAAGAGUUUGUCUAUUUUUAACUUCUGAACCAGAGCAGCACCAGCUGGUUGGAUUUCAGAGUCCUGGACUGCUGGGGUGCUGCGGGUCCAACCUCCAGCAGAAAUCCCGUCUGAACGCAGAGGACCUUUACAUCCUCAGGAUGGAAGGAUCAGUGAUGACCAACAACAACUCCACCGUCUGUAAUCCGGUCAACGAAUCGUCUCUUCCUGGAUUCAUCUUCUUCUACAGUUUGGUGUUUGUGGUGGGUUUGAUCCUGAACAGCUACACCUUGUGGUUCCACCUCUGCCACGCUCGGCAGAAAGUCCAGAAGAGCUGGAUGAUCUACCUGAGGAACCUGACAGCAGCCGACUUCCUGCUCUGCCUCGGACUUCCCCUCCGCAUCGCUGACUACGCAGGCAGGUCCGACAAAGUUCACCUGUUCUACUGCACCUUUGGAGCCCCGGUCUUCUACAUCAACAUGUACAUCAGUAUCCUUCUUAUGGGCUACAUCGCCGUCAACAGGUACAUGAAGAUCUUUCAUCAUCUGAGGACUUCCUUCCUGAUGACGGCUCGAGCGGCCCUCUUCCUCUCCGGCGCCACCUGGGUCUUCUUCCUGGUUCCGACGCCUGUUUACAUCAUCCUGAUGCUGAACACAGACAAAGUUUUUUCUGGUGCCAGCACUUGUGAUGUUUUGCAGAGUGAAUCAGUCCACGUAUUGUACAAGCUUUUUCAUGCUGGUGCUGCCAUCAUCUUCCUGUCAGUGUUCUCCUCUCUGGUCUUCUGCUACUGCAGCGCCUCCCGCAGGGUUUUGCAGAUCCAGCGGAGGCAAGAGGGCUCCUUCAACUCCAACAAGCUUGUGAAGUCUCGCAGGAACAUGUUGGUGUUAGUCAGUGUGUUCUGCGUUUGCUUUCUUCCCUAUCAUCUGGUUCGACUUCCGUACAUCAUAUUUCAAGAACAGUGCUCUGUGGUGCUCUAUUACCUGAAGGAGGUGACUGUCCUAAUAUCGGUUUUUAAUGUCUGUCUAGAUCCUCUGAUUUACGUCUUUCUUUGUAAGGAGUUCAGGGCCCAGUUGAACCUGCAGCACAUGUUCUCCACUUCAAAAGACAACUCAAGCGUCUCAGUCUCAGAGGCUGAAGAUGAAGCUGAGAAAUGGGAAAGCAACAGAGCCAGCAGUGAAAACGCAGAAUCCCAUGAACUGAGAUAAAGAGAAAUGGAUGGAUGCCAUCAGUUUGUCACCCAAACUGAAUUCAAGACAGAAAGCUGUGAAGUAUGAAAGUGUAGAUGUCAUAGUAUGGAGAUUCUUCUUUUACCAUGGUAUCAAGUUGGAAUGCUUCAAAAUAAAGAGACCAAGCUGCCGCAGUGCAAAGGGCAAGUCCUUCAGCGAGUCCUUUAUCUGUUUAGACGCGCCAGAACCUGGUGGAGUCCACAGCCACGCAGUUCUCAGAAACAAAUGGUUAAAAAAUAAAAAUUAGCUCAGUUACUGACAAGAAAGUUGAUUGAUUAGAACACUUUUCCUUUUAUAGCAAAUGUUUGAGCUUGUAAAGAAAAAAAUGCUGCAGCUGCAUUUCAUGGUUGAGUGAAACCAAACAUGGUAAAAAACGUUCUUCAUCUUUUGAUUUGAAACAAGCUGAACUCUGUUUGCAUUUGAAUGUAUGGAA